CUCGUGUGAGUCAGAGUCUCUCCUGAUUGGCUGCUGGCCUGCAGCAGAGCCGCACGCCUGCAGCUCGUUGGAUCAUCAGCCCGGGAGGAUUUAAGGAGCUGCAGGGCCUCCACUCUCUGCUGGGUGAUUAUUCAAGCAUGUGGUCCUCUCGUGUUUUCAAACCAGGACCGUGUGCUCACCUGCAGCCGGUUCCUAUACUCCCUUCCUCCCUCUGAGAAGCCUCCUAGAUCCCACCUUAUGGUUACUGGACGGCAGUUGGCAUUAGUGAGGGCCUUAACUUGAGUCCAGGAUCUACUUGUGUCGUCACGGACAGCAUGCGGGAUCCUCCGACCAGACGCAGUGUUCCAAUGAGAAGUGGCUCAUAUGAGCUCAGCAGAUGCACAGCUCCACUAGGUGUUUGCUAAUUGCUGUUGGCUAGCCUGAAGGAGUUUUCGGGGGAGGGCAACUGCAGCUCCGAGGAGGAACCUUGUUCUCUAAGGGAAACUUUCUGGAAAGUGACCAGGCAGUGAGGAAACACUCCUGCUGAUUUUGAGUGGGAGCUUUGUUGCACAAUGCAUGCCGGUUAUGCAAGGCACCAUUGAUCCUCUCUCGGGAAUUGCUGGACACCCUACAAAUUAAUCACGCAAUACUUCAACUCUAUUGUAAAUUCACAAAUGAGCUGGCUGUGUUCAUCUAACUUCCAUUCCCCUCACGGAAAUUCACACUGACUGCUCCGUCUGCAGAUCGAGCCCGAACGGCGGUCCGGUCAGCUGCAGGAUCAUCCCGCUCCCAGAGAGCGCAGCCCGAACAGAACCGAGGCUCAGCUGAGUGGAGCCAUGGCCGACAGGAACCAGGAGGAGAGAGUGCUGCAGCAGAUUGAGAGGGAGGUGCGCCUGCAGGAGGGAGCCCACAAACUGCUGGCCGCCUGCUCCCAGAGGGAUCAGGCCCUGGAGGCCUCCAAGAGCCUGCUGACCUGCAACGCCCGCAUCCUGGCUCUGCUCGGCCAGCUGCAGGGGAUGAGGAGAGCACAGAUCUUAGAGAGAGAGGGACACGGGUCAGUAGGAGCACGGGGAUUGAGCGGUACGCAUGAUUUCACUGGAAGCAGGUUAUCUGAAGAUGCGGCGCCAUGUGCUGGGAAAGUGUCACUUUCUGACCUGCGAAUCCCCCUGAUGUGGAAAGACUCGGAGUACUUCAAAAACAAAGGAGAGCUGCAUCGCUGCGCUGUGUUCUGCCUGCUUCAGUGCGGCUCAGACAUCCACGACACCGACCUGGUGAUGGUGGACAGGACGCUGACCGACAUCUGCUUCGAGGACGCGGUCGUGUUCGACGAGGUGGGUCCGGGCUUCUCGCUCCGCGUCGAGCUCUACAGCUGCUGCGCGGCCGAGGAUUUCCCUCCGGCGGCCCCGGCUCCCAGGAGAAUGAGCUUCUUCCUGGGCGGCACGUCGGGAAGCUCCUCUGGGAAAAGGAUCCGGGCCGCGUUUGAGUCUGUGUCUGCGUACGGCUCCGUCUGCCCAGGUGGCGGGACCGCGAGGCCUGGACAUGUUUCACCUCCUUCUGCACUAGGCCCCAAGUAUAAGCUGUUGGCUCAGACAACACUGACUAUUGAACAUGUCAGAGAGGGUUUCAAGACGCAUGAUUUAACACUUUCAGCAACAGAGGAUAGUCCAUUCUGGUUGCCUCUGUACGGAAACAUGUGCUGCCGCUUAGUCGCUCAGCCUUUAUGCAUGACUCAGCCAGCGAUGAGGGGCCAACUUAAGAUCAAGCUUGAGGACGCAGACCAUUGGGGAAACUUCUACUGUGUCCUCGUCGGCCAAACGCUUCUCUGCUAUCGAAGUGGAGAAGACUUGGAGUCGGAGGACGAGCCUCUGCUUGUAAUCCCCGUCACAAAGGAUACCAGGGUGUGUCCGUCUGAGAGCGAUCCUGUCCACGGGCUACAGAUUAGCAUUAGCACGCAGCCUGAAAGAGGGAAUGUGACGUACGCAGCUUCCGCCCAGAACGCUGCAGACUUGCCAGGCUGGAACAAGGCCCUCCAGCAACAUGUCUACAACCUGAGUCAGUGGAAACGCCGCUGCGAUGAGGCGAUGAAGGUUGAGGCGCCGCCGUCCAGGAAACCCAAAACGGCCAAGCAGGGGUCUCUGUUUCAUGAAAUGGUAACUCCCUCCUCUCCGAGAAAAUGUCCUGCCGUUCCAGAUUUGUCUGGUGAAAUGCGAACGUUGCUGUCCUCGUACUACAGUGAAAGCUAUUAAUCAUCCAGACGGAGAUCCAGCGGCGGGGAGACGAUUGCUCCGGUUCUCCUCGCCUGUGGUUUUCAAACCUGGUCGAAAUGGACGAGAACAUGAUGAAUGCGACUCGUUCAAAUUCCUUUAAGGACGCCAGGCGCUCUGCACGGCUCCUACUGUCGUUUUUUUUUUUUUCUACCCGUGCGCAAAUCCAGGACUUCGCUGAAUGUUGGUUUGCAAAUUUAAAAAGUAAAAAAAAAAAAAAAAACAGAAAGUCACAUAAAAAAUACUGGCCAAGUUUCAAAAAAAUGACACACUUGUCUACAAAUAUGUUAGCAUUUGUGUCGUGAAAAUACAAAUGGUGAACCGGAGCGAAUAAACCAAGUUGCUUCAAAAUCCAGUCAAUUUCUUUUUUUUUUUUUUUUUUUUUUGUGCAUAUAAAUCGUCCUGAUUUAUUUAUUUAUUCCUGUCGCAAUAAAAUUUUGUGAUUGGCUAUAAAUAAAUCUGUCAGCUGUCACCCUGCAGCUCAGAGUCUCAUCCUGAAACCAAAGGCCCAGUCUGGCUGCUUUCGGGUUGACUCACGAAACAAACAUUUUUUUUUUUUCUUUUCCCAUAAGUUGACAUCACCCCACCCAUUGGCAAGCGCUGUAUAGUAGCUGUUUGGCUACCCAGCUUUUUGAUUCAUUGUUUAUAUUGUAUUCCAGGUGUGACCUUAAGGAAUGCAAACACACUGCAUGGAAAUAAAAAAAGCAAACAAAAAAAACAAAACAAAACGGUGAAUAAAGUUCAAACCGUAUCUCGGUAGCAGCCCAGUUAAUCCGCACACCAAAAGAAAUCAAAACAAAAUUCCACGGAUCAAAUUAUGUGCAGCGAAGUUGAACGAUACAGGGAUUAAUUAUUACACACUUUUACUGAAAUGGUUUUAAUACCUCAUUCUGGGUGUGAGUUUGAUCCAUUCUCUUUAAAUCGUCCAUCAUGCCCUCUGACCUUCUCUCUAUAGAUUACCUAAUGGAGUCGCGUCAGGUGAACUGACUGAGCUGUUGUGGCCGCGUUUUGAAAUCAGCUGAAGGUUUUCUCGGCCUUUGAGUUUCAGAUUGUCUUGCUGGAAAAAUCCACCCUUUUUUUUUUUUUUCUCCACCUUCGAACUCUGGGCAAGAAAGUCCUGGUAAAUUUCUUCAUCCACCUCUUCUUCAAAUACACCAAAUCUGCCAGAACUGGAAAACAGUCCCACAUUGUAAUGUUGCCGCUUCCAAACUGCGGGGUUGAAACGAUGUUUUGUGGGUGAUGCAUAAAUAUGUAUAUAUAUUUUUUAAAAUACUCCAUAGUUGCCAUUAAAUAAGCCGUACAACUAGUUGCAGAAGUACAGGCGAUGCAGUGACAAAACCUAGCAAAAAAACAAGACUUUUUUUUUUUUGUUGUUCAAAAUUUGCGCUUUCUUUGUGAAGAUUUUUAUUUAAAAUGUUAAAUUGUGCAAUUAUACAUUCAGUCAGUUGAAACAUUGCUAAUGUGUGUUGAAUGAGUGUGUGUGUUGAGUGCACCACUUCUCAUAAACUGUUGGUCCUCAUUCCAGGUCUCUGUGACUCUUUCACUAGUGAUCAAUGGGUCUACACAACUCUCUCUGACUUCGUUUAAAAUCAAACCUGUUGAGCUUCUGGUUUUUACCAAACUCUAGCAGAAAUUAUCUUCAAUAAUAAGGUUGUUUUUGUUUAAGAUUUGUCCUUUAGACAUGCUUCUCUUGUGACUCCUUGGUAAUGACAUUCUUAAGCGUUGUAAUUUUUAUGGAGGGAUCUGGUUAUACAUUUUACAUGUGGAUUUUUAGGUUUAUCAUAUUUUCCCAUAUGUCAGUAACCUCUUGAGAAAAUAAAUGAACAAAAAAUAUCUGCACUGCAAAGAAAAUCCUGAGUAUUUUUCUUCUAGAUAUGUUAGUUGUGUUUUAGAUCAAGUGUACUAAGUUUCAAGUAACAUUUCAGCAAGAUAUAGGCACGUGUUUUAAGUAGAAAAUUCCUCAAUAUUGAUAAAAGUGCUCGCUCCACAGGUGAAUUAUUUCACUUAUCACAAGACGCUGCAAAAAUAAUCUAUCACUUUUCAUCAAUAUUCAGGAAUUGACUUAAAACAAGUUCCCACAUCUUGCAGAAAAGUUCCCUGUUGGUUUUCUUUUUUUUUUUUGUCUUUAUUCAAGAGCACUAACAUUUGCACGCAGAAACUAGAUCAAAAAUACUUGGUGAGAAGUGGGUUUAUAGUGUAGCAUGAAUGAAAUGGAAAAAUGAGGAAAAACUCUCAUUCCAAUACAAUAGAAUUUCAAAAACACCAUCUAGUCAGAUUACUUUUAUAGCUCUGGAAUUAAGCACUCAAUAUGCUUAAUACUACAAUAUCAAUACAGGAUAUCGGGUUUGAUAGAUUGUUGAUGUAACAUAUCUUCCUCGAACCAUUUGUGUUCGUAAGUGUUUCAAAUCAAGAAACUCGGUGGAAUUUAAUGCAACAGAAAGUUUAAAUACCGGAAUAUAAACUGGGGUCCGUGGAGCGAUCAUCAGUUCACUGCAGUGAACUGAAGUGACAGUGCAGUGCCUGUCGGGACCUGUACACAGCCAUUAUCUCAUCGACUAUCGGGUUCCUUCCGAACACGUCACCAAAUCUAACGAGAGAAGUGUGUAAUAGCUUGCGCAGGUAAAAGUUUUCUCCUCGUCGCUACUGCUGCUAAUAAUUUCAAAGCUCAGUUCACCUGACAGAGAUUCUGAAGCGCAGAUUGUGAUGGAGUGUGUUAGAAACAACCCGUCUGUCACGUCCGCAACCGAUAUGCACGCGAUAUUCAGCGUCGGUUCGGUUAGAGUCCAGGGCGUGUCGCCUCUGCCUGCAUGUUGUCGCCUCACCGCAGAUCUGUGCAUCUUAUCGCUCUGGAUGAGACGGUUGUAUCCGAGGCCCGGACAGUAACGGAACAGGUUGCGCGUGUCGUGCCAGUGUUCAGACAAUACACAGAAAUAAUUAAAACUAAAAGGUUUGCUUGAUGCAGAGGAAUUUCUUCUUAAAUUUUUCAUAAAAUAAUAAUAAUAAAAAAAAGGUUCAGAAAUGCUUCCAAGAAAUGGGAGGAAUUAGAUUCUUUAAAUAUUGUAUUACAUUAAUGUUUGCUAUAGCUAGCUAGCACUGUCACGCCAAUUAAAACUUUUUAUACUGUAAUUCUUUUGCUGGUAAUGCUUUCCAAAUAAAAAGCUGUUCUGAACAUUUUGUCUCAAUCUGAUUUUUCCUAUAAGUCACCAAGAUCUUAAUCCAGAUAUUUGCUUUCUUGCAUAAAAACCUUUU